AUGCCUCUUGCAUUGUCACAGCAGCCGGUUCAAACUCCGCAACUAAAGACUCAGGUUCUGUCGCAGUCAUCGCCCAGUCAGACCUCACCUCAGCAAUCUACACCUGGCUCAGCGACCAAGUCGACGGUAGUGAAAGCGCUGCCAACAGUUCGUGACCACACGACCGACCAACUCGGACCCGAAGGUGACGAGUAUCUGCCCAGAGAAAUUGACGAAGCCGGCGAGACGAAAGUAUCCAAGACUGGCUACCCUCGUGAUGGUCGCAAUUACAGAUGCCGCACGUUCCAGCUGCCUAAGCGCGGCGAGAAAUUAUUUAUGCUUGCCACCGAGUGUGCACGUGUGCUUGGCUACCGUGAUUCGUACCUGUUGUUCAACAAGAACCGCUCGCUACACAAAAUUAUUGCGAGUCAACAGGAGAAAGAUAAUCUGAUUCAUCAAGAGAUACUGCCUUACUCUUACCGCUCACGACAAAUCGCAAUUGUUACCGCAAGGUCGAUGUUCCGACAGUUCGGCAGUCGCCUCAUUGAAGGCGGUCGACGAGUGCGUGAUGAUUACUGGGAGGCGAAAGCCAGGAAGCAAGGCUUCACCGAGGCUGACAUGGCGGGCGACAAGCGACCAGGGGCGUCAAAGCGGAGGGAAGCUGACGCACAUGCAGCUGCUGAGGCCCGCAACGCUGUGACUUCACUGCCUCAAGGCGAGAUCAUAUAUAGCAAUGGGGGAGAUGGGCAGCCACCAGGCCCGCAUCCCAUGACGCUGGCACCGGCUGGUCCGCUGCCAAUGAUACACCUAGUUGAAGAUGAACUACCGGCCAAUACCUUUGGCAACAUGAUCCGACCAAGACAAGAGAUCAAUGGUCCACCGUACCAGGAUCGCAUUCAACCUAGCAGCGCCUCGGACAUUAUGACGAAUGCGACAGGUGCUGCAGAGUACAACAAACAGCUUGGACAGACCCGCGUUCACCGCGCCAACUACCUCGACGACUACUGGCGGCGUCCUCACGAGCAACCCGCAACUCAACCCGAGCAGACCGCGACAGAUGUCGCGACAGUCGCUCCGCAACACCUACAGUCUCCACAAGCCGUUGCUGGUAUGAAUCAGGCUCGCUCUGUUCAAGAUCACAUGACCCAUCCUGGCUCUCAGAUGAUCCCACAGUCGUACGGCACGUAUUCGAACCAGCAAAAUACAAUGGCUUCCCCGGUGCAGGCCAUGCAUAGACCAAUGACGUCUGGUCAGCUGCCGCAAGGCUCACCUUCCAUGGCUAUGGGAGCGUCGGUUGGCCAUCGUCCAACUCCAUCUUACGGGUAUGGAACUGGUCAGAUGUGGCAACCUCCGCAACCUCAACCUUCACCAUUACCUCAACAACAUCACUUGCAGUACGGACAGCAACAGCAUCACUCUCCAAUGCCGCCGCCGCAGAUGCCCCCUCAAGCUGGCAUGAACUACGCGCAAAUGGGCCAGAUGGGCGCUGGCGCAUAUGCUGGCAUGAAUCGAAGCAUGUACCAACCCGGCCCAAGUCCACAACAGUUUAACCUAACUCAAUUGUCUGGUGCCAAUCAGCAGCCUGGUAUGCAGGGCUGGACAACGCCCAGCUCCAUGCCACAAGACUGGCAGCAACGUUAUCAAUGA